CACCACCAGGCGCCACUGCAGUAUGCGAUCCAACAUGGCGAACGUUGCGUUUCGUAGAAACUGAAAUUGCGAUACUUCUGGGCACAAUAAAAGUCUUCCAAGUGUAUUUCACGAGAUAAUAAUACACAACCAUGACUGACAAGAGACAACAGAAUUUGUCGAAAGAGGAGAUAGCGAAGCAGUUUAUGUUACCGGAGAGGAAAAGCAAGAUCGCUACGUUAUUGAAACAGGAUGGACAGGCGUAUUGUAUUUGCAGAAGCUCCGACAGCUCACGUUUUAUGAUAGGAUGCGAUGCGUGCGAGGAAUGGUACCACGGCGACUGCAUAAAUAUAACGGAAAAGGAUGCCAAGCACAUAAAACAAUUCUUUUGCGUCCGUUGCAGAGAAGAGGACCCAACUUUGAUAACGCGUUACAAGCCGCGAAGGACGGAUCAGGAGGAUCGUAAAUUCAAGAAGCACAAAGAGAAAGAGCAGACUCGUCAAUACGAGUACGACGGGCCUUGGCAUUCGUCGGUAGUGAAGAAAUCAUCGAAACGUUGCGGGGAAUGCACGGGAUGUCUGAGAAUCGAAAACUGUGGAAAAUGCGACGCGUGCAGACACCUAAAGAAAUUUGGACCUUCGGUACGAUUGAAGCUCAGAUGCAUACAAAGAACUUGUCGAGUGUUGGGCGACCCGUUCUUGCUGAAGCCCUCGAAGGGCUUCAACAAAAGCUCCAAGUUCAUCAAGAAGCGUAAGAGGGACUCGAGCAACGAGAGGAACGAACACCUGGAAGUGCCGAGACACUGCUACGGGCCAGCCUGCGUGAAGCAAUCGAGACCUGGUAGCAAGUACUGCUCCGACGAGUGCGGUCUGAAAUUGGCAACGAAUAGGAUCUACCAAGUGUUGCCUCAACGGAUCCAAGAGUGGUCGUUGACGCCGUGCAUCGCCGAGCAGAACAACAGAAGGGCUUUGGAAUCGGUCAGAAAGCAGCAACACGACGUCAGAAGGAUUCUCCAGGAACUGGAUAAGAGGCACGCGGAGCUUGAUAGAAUCGUCGAGCGAGCGAAACACGCGACGAUCGAUCCCCAGGCUGAGGUGGAUGACAACGACGAUACCGAGAUGAGCAUGUACUGCAUCACUUGUGGACACGAGAUUCAUUCGAGGACUGCUAUUAAACAUAUGGAGAAAUGCUUUAAUAAGUACGAGUCCCAAGCAUCCUUCGGCUCGAUUUUCAAGACACGCAUCGAAGGACAGGUGAUGUUCUGCGACUUCUACAAUCCAGUAAACCGAACUUAUUGCAAGAGGUUGCGCGUCCUCUGUCCGGAGCACUGCAAGGACCCGAAAAUAAGCGAAACAGAGGUGUGCGGUUGUCCCUUGGUCACGAACGUGUUCGACACCACGGGGGAGUUUUGUCGAGCACCGAAGAAGAGUUGCGUGAAGCAUUACGUUUGGGAGAAACUGCGACGAGCUGAGAUCGAUAUGGAGAGGGUGAGGCAAUGGUUGAAAAUAGACGAGCUCGUUGAGCAGGAAAGACAGAUCAGAGCUAACAUGGCCACUCGCGCUGGCGUCCUCGCUCUGAUGCUACAUUCUACGUACAACCACGAGCUGAUGGAGCAGAUGACGCAGGAGCAGAACAGGGAACAAAUGGAAGCUAUGGAGGAGGAGCUUCAUCGUAGGUACGGAAUGCUCCAGAAAGAACAGCCUGUGGAAUAGUGAUCGCGUUUAGGACCUAUGUGUUCAAUAAACAAGCUCGUUCCAUUUUAACUUGAAUUAAUAACGCGAGCUUACGAUAUUUCUUCGUGGUGGCUAUUCUUUUUAAAUGCAAGUCGAUUUUUUGUCUUAACGAAAAUCGUAGAUGGUAUCGAGACGAAAACAACGGUCUUUGUUUCUAUCCCAGUGCUAUGAAGUUUAUUAUUUUCCAAAUUCUCGAUGCCAGGACAAAAAAAAUCGACCCAUUCUUUUUUUUAAAUGGCCGUCAGGAAA